AUGGCACGUCUACGACGUCUCGGACGCAAGUCACUGAAGUAUCAUCAAUCAGCAGCACAACAGCUCGAAGUCCUUGCAAUUGCACAGCUGGCAACUGCAGAAGAUGGUGAUGACGAAAUUCUCGGUCUCACUCUAGCAGCCCUUGCAGCAGACCAUAGACGGAAAUCACGAAGCAAGAAAUAUGGCAUCCGUGGAGAAUACAACCAACCUAAGUCUGAGGACUUCUUCAAUAUUCUGCUUGGACAGGCUAGUGAAAGGCAGUUUAAAGCCUGGUUUCGCACUUGCAACCGCCCUCAGCGCCCUGUUUACUACCAACUGGCAACAUUCUUGUGUCGUCUGGGUGCCGAGAGCGGACUCAAAACUGCUGGUGUCAUGUCCAUUGCCGAGGGCUCAGUCUUGGCCAGGAGAGCAACGGAGGCAGUUUCUCUCUGGCGAAAUGGCUGA